CACUAUUACAAAGAACCAGGCCAGAGAUCGCCAAAGGUGUUUAGUGGAAAUAAGGACAGAGACAGCAUUGUUUACCACAACUUUAACCCGCCAAUCCAAGCAAGCUACAUCAGACUCAGGCCAACAGCGUGGUCCAGUCAUAUUUCACUGAGGAUGGAACUGUAUGGAUGUUUAGCGCCAUGUACAGCAUCUCUAGGGAUGGAAUCGCAUCUCAUCAAAGAUGCUCAAAUCACCGCCUCUUCUGAGUGGGAUUCAAAUCACGCUGCAGUCCAGGCAAGGUUGCACUUUAAGGCAGGUGGAGGCAAACAAGGGGCAUGGUCAGCUCGCUCUAAUGACGCCAAUCAAUGGAUUCAGGUGGCCCUUGGGAGAUACACCAAAUUAACAGGUAUAGCUACACAAGGAAGAAACGGACACAGCCAGUGGGUAACCAAAUACCAGCUGCAAUACAGUGACGAUGGAGUGAUCUUUUACUAUUACAAAGAACCAGGCCAGAGAUCGCCAAAGGUGUUUAGUGGAAAUAAGGACAGAGACAGCAUUGUUUACCACAAGUUGAACACGCCAAUCCAAGCUCACUACAUCAGACUCAGGCCAACAGCGUGGUACGGUCAUAUUUCACUGAGGAUGGAACUGUAUGGUUGUUUAGCGCUAUGUACAGCAUCUCUAGGAAUGGAAUCGCAUCUCAUCAAAGAUGCUCAAAUUAGCGCCUCUUCUGAGUGGGAUUCAAAUCACGCUGCAGUCCAGGCAAGGUUGCACUUUAAGGCAGGUGGAGGCAAACAAGGGGCAUGGUCAGCUCGCUCUAAUGACGCCAAUCAAUGGAUUCAGGUGGCCCUUGGGAGAUACACCAAAUUAACAGGUAUAGCUACACAAGGAAGAAACGGACACAGCCAGUGGGUAACCAAAUACCAGCUGCAAUACAGUGACGAUGGAGUGAUCUUUUACUAUUACAAAGAACCAGGCCAGAGAUCGCCAAAGGUGUUUAGUGGAAAUAAGGACAGAGACAGCAUUGUUYACCACAACUUAAACCCGCCAAUCCAAGCAAGCUACAUCAGACUCAGGCCAACAGCGUGGUCCAGUCAUAUUUCACUGAGGAUGGAACUGUAUGGUUGUCUAGCGCCAUGUACAGCAUCUCUAGGCAUGGAAAUGCGUCUCAUCAAAGAUGCUCAAAUCACCGCCUCUUCUGAGUGGGAUUCAAAUCACGCUGCAAUCCAGGCAAGGUUGCAUUUUAAGGCAGGUGGAGGCAAACAAGGGGCAUGGUCAGCUCGCUCUAAUGACGCCAAUCAAUGGAUUCAGGUGGCCCUUGGGAGUUACACCAAUUUAACAGGUAUAGCUACACAAGGAAGAAAUGGACACAGUCAGUGGGUAACCAAAUACCAGCUACAAUACAGUGACGAUGGAGUGCACUUUCACUAUUACAAAGAACCAGGCCAGAGAUCGCCAAAGGUAUUUAGUGGAAAUAAGGACAGAGACAGCAUUGUUCACCACAACUUAAACCCGCCAAUCCAAACAAGCUACAUCAGACUCAGGCCAACAGCGUGGUACGGUCAUAUUUCACUGAGGAUGGAACUGUAUGGUUGUUUAGCGCCAUGUACAGCAUCUCUAGGCAUGGAAAUGCGUCUCAUCAAAGAUGCUCAAAUCACCGCCUCUUCUGAGUGGGAUUCAAAUCACGCUGCAAUCCAGGCAAGAUGA